AGGAGGAGGAAGAGGAGGAGAAAAGCUACUACCUUUCCCGGGCUGCCUUAUCUUUCCGCGUGUGCGUGCUGGGGUGGAGGGACGACCCUCAGUGAGAGCGAAAAGAGGCAGAGAAGGCAGAGACGAGGCACGGAGCUCCCCAGCUGCUCGGGUCUGGGGACAGAAGUGAGAUUGGAGAAAGUAGAGCGAUGCCAAGAAGGAAACAGCAGGCACCCAAACGGGCUGCAGGUUAUGUCCAAGAGGAAGAAUUGAAGGAGGAGGAAGACAUAAAGGAGGAGGAGGAAGAGGAUGAAGACGGCAAUUCAGUAGCUCAGCAUCAGGGCAGCAAUGACACUGGCACAGACGAGGAAGUAGAAACAGGCCCCGAGCAAAAAGGUAGCUUUAGCUACCAGAACUCUCCAGUCAGUCAUCUGUCUAAUCAAGAUGCAGAAAAUGAAUCUCUCUUGAGCGAUGCCAGUGACCAAGUGGCGGACAUUAAAAGCAACUGCUGUAAAGAUGCCCCGGAAAAGAAAACGAAUGCCCACCCUAAACUUCAGAAGGAAGCGCACAACUGCAUGGAUAAAAUGACUGCAGUCUAUGCCAACAUCCUAACAGACUCCUAUUGGACAGGCUUAGGGCUCGGGCUCAAGUUAUCUAACAGCGAACGGAGAAGCUGCGACAACCGCAAUGGAGGCAAUAAAAGUGACUUUGAUUGGCACCAGGAUGCUUUGUCAAAAAGCCUGCAACAGAGCCUACCUUCGAGACCCGUCUCCAAACCCAACCUUUUCAGUUCCGUCCAGUUGUACAGGCAGAGCAGCAAAAUGUGUGGAACGGUCUUCACGGGUGCCAGCCGCUUUCGGUGCAGACAGUGCAGCGCAGCGUACGACACCUUAGUCGAGUUAACGGUACACAUGAACGAAACUGGUCAUUACCAAGAUGACAACCGCAAAAAAGACAAGCACAGACCAACCAGCUACUCGAAGCCCCGAAAAAGGGCCUUUCAGGACAUGGACAAAGAAGAUGCACAAAAGGUCCUCAAAUGUAUGUUCUGUGGUGACUCCUUUGACUCCUUGCAAGAUUUGAGUGUCCACAUGAUCAAAACAAAGCAUUACCAAAAAGUGCCUUUGAAGGAGCCAGUACCCACCAUUUCUUCGAAAAUGGUCACUCCUGCAAAGAAACGCGUUUUUGACGUCAACCGACCUUGUUCCCCAGACUCUACCACCGGGUCUUUUGCUGAUACGUUUUCUCCUCAGAAGAGUGCCAACCUGCAGUUAUCCUCUAACAACCGCUAUGGCUACCAAAAUGGGGCCAGCUAUACCUGGCAGUUUGAGGCCUGCAAGUCCCAGAUCCUGAAGUGCAUGGAGUGCGGGAGUUCACACGAUACCUUGCAGCAGCUCACCACUCACAUGAUGGUCACGGGUCACUUUCUGAAGGUCACCAGCUCUGCAUCCAAAAAGGGGAAACAGCUGGUGCUUGAUCCGCUAGCGGUAGAGAAAAUGCAAACGUUGUCAGAGCCUCCGGCCGGUGAGGUGCCCGUGCCCAAGCCAUCAAAUAGCACAGGAUCGGACGGUGCGGUGUCUGCCGUGGAGCUAAAGAACGAGAGCAAAAGAGAGAAACCAGGUGAAAUCAACAAAGAUGAGAAAGUGGUCAAAAAUGAAGACUACGAGGACACUCUUCAGAAACCGUUGGAUCCUACCAUGAAAUACCAGUAUCUUAGGGAGGAGGACUUAGAAGACGGAUCGAAGGGAGGAGGGGACAUUUUAAAGUCGUUAGAGAACACCGUAACCACGGCCAUCAACAAAGCUCAAAACGGGGCUCCCAGUUGGAGCGCGUAUCCCAGCAUCCACGCGGCCUACCAGCUCUCCGAAGGGACAAAGCCCUCUCUGCCGUUGGGCUCACAAGUACUGCAGAUCAGGCCAACGAUCACCAAUAAAUUGAGGCCCAUCGCGCCCAAGUGGAAGGUCAUGCCUCUCGUGUCUGUCCCCGCAAGUCUGGCCCAGUGCACCCAAGUUAAGAAGGAAUCAGAGGACAGAGACGAAGCCCAGAAGGAAUACACGAAGGACAGUCCGCCGCCUGAAGCGUCCUCACUCAGCCAAAGUGAGGGAGAGUCACUCCCCAAAAGCGAGAGCCCUUCAGACUCCAAAAAGACUGAGUCGCCUCCCUUGAAGGAGGAGGACAAAGCGAAAGAAAGCAGAGAGAAAGAAAAGACAAAACUCAAGGAUCCGACGUCUUCUCUCAGCAAUGGCUGUGCUGCCGCCAGCCAUCCCGGGGAGCUGCCAGGCAUCAACCCCCUCAGCGCCCUGCAGUCCGUGUUGAAUAAUCACCUGGGCAAAGCCACUGAGCCUCUGCGUUCUCAGGCCAGUUCGAGCCCCAGCUCUAGCACAAUUUCUGUGUUUCACAAGCCAAAUCUCAGCAUCGUAGAGAAGCCGGUUCUGUCUCCCGCCCCAUCGAGACCAGCGAGCGUGUCCAGGCAUUACCUGUUUGAAACCAACGAUCAGCCCAUUGACCUGACCAAAUCCAAAAGCAAGAAAGCAGAGUCGGCCCAAGCACAAUCGUGCACGUCUCCGCCUCAGAAACACGCUCUGUCCGACAUCGCCGACAUGGUCAAAGUUCUUCCGAAAGCUACCACACCAAAACCUGCCGCCUCUUCUAGGGUCUCUUCCAUGAAGCUGGAAAUGGACGUCAGGCGUUUCGAAGACGUCUCCACCGAAGUCUCCACGUUGCAUAAAAGAAAGGGCAGGCAGUCAAACUGGAAUCCUCAGCACCUUCUGAUUUUGCAAGCUCAGUUUGCCUCCAGCCUCUUUCAGACAUCCGAAGGUAAAUAUUUGUUAUCUGAUUUAGGCCCACAGGAGCGCAUGCAGAUUUCUAAGUUUACCGGACUGUCUAUGACCACCAUUAGCCACUGGCUGGCAAAUGUCAAGUAUCAGCUUAGGAAAACUGGAGGGACCAAAUUUUUGAAAAACAUGGACAAGGGGCACCCUAUAUUCUAUUGCAGUGACUGUGCAUCUCAGUUUAGAACCCCAUCUACCUACAUCAGCCACUUAGAGUCCCACCUAGGUUUCCAAAUGAAAGACAUGAACAGGCUGGCAGUGGAACAGCAAACCAAGGUAGAGCAAGAAAUCUCCAGGGUAUCUGUUCAAAGAUCACCGGAAACAAUAGCUGGGGAAGAGGACACAGACUCUAAAUUCAAGUGUAAGUUGUGCUGUCGGACAUUUGCGAGCAAACAUGCAGUAAAGCUUCAUCUAAGCAAAACACACAGCAAGUCACCCGAACACCAUUCACAGUUUGUAGCAGAGGUGGAUGAAGAAUAGAUCUGAAGGUAUGCAUUCACUCUGUAGUGGAUUAUCUUUGGGGGAAUUGUAGGAGACAUUUGAAAGAAGAUGUGCCUGCCUAGAAGUAGCAAACAUGACCAAGUGUAAAAUAGGAUUCCAGUAGUUAGUCUUACUCCUUAUUUCUGGACAGAGUAAAGCAUGAUAGAUGUAUUGCAAACUGACUUUCUGUUGUUCCGGUGAAUGGGAAGACUAGAAUAGGCUGGAUGAGGUAAACCCACCAAUCUCCAAAAUUCACAGUAAUAGGUAUUCUCCGCUCUCCGAUUUCUAACCAGAGCUGCCAGUAUGUGGCCAAAGUGGCAGAUUGGAAUUUUAUCUGCUCGCCCUUCUUCUUUUUCCUUUCCGGUAGAUGUUCUGAGCGAUGAACGGCUACGAGGGAGGUAGAGGAAGGGUAGGAGAAGAGAAGCAAGGAUUCGGGAUAACCGGCCAGCUCUGAAAAUAGAGCAUUGCCUGUAUGAGCCUUAACUAUAUCUAAACAGUGGUUCUUUGUGCUUCUUUCAACAAGUGCUACGCCCCCAGUUUCUCACCACUGUGUGCUAUAAGGCAGAUGCAGAGUGCAGUUUGUCUGAACUCCUCGAACAGAUGAACUGAGAGGAGCUUUGUUUGCUAUACACACUCCACAUUUCUAAGGACUUUCAAAGUAGCAAGAAGGGACCUGCAGAAUUUCAUUUGAAAUCAUCUGGCAGUCAUUGGCCUUGCCAAUGUUAUUAGCUGUUAGGGGUUAGGUCGUUACUUUCUUUAUUCCUGAGGGGACUGUAGAGGGGCACUUCUUGAUAUUCUUCCCUCAAGGGAAAAAAGUGGAAGUGUUUGGUGAAAAAGAAAUCUCACGGGUCAGAAACGGGAUUUUUUGUUUUCCCCUCUGAGGUCUGAAUUUCAGAUUAAAUUUUUCUUCUGAGUCAGUUAAAAAUGUAUAUUAUGAAAGAAUAUCAUCUUUCUAGGCACUAUUUGUUUUUUGGGAUACAAACUGAAGCAUAAUCUAAUGCACAAGAACAUGCAAUGGGUAAUAUAUGAAAAAGUCCACUAAUUUGAUCCCGUACUAGAAGUAUAUGUCUUACUUCUCCAUCCUGACCUUUCUGGAUUAGCCAAAAGCACAUCACACAGAAUUCUCAGAGAAGACUGGCACGUGUUCCCAAGCAGUAAUUCCACCUAUAUAGAAAUAAAGAACAAAUGCAAUAAAAGGCAUUAAUUGUGCUAUAGUAAGGACCAGUUUUCCAUUUGUUAGUUUUGUAGUCAUUUAAUAAAAAACAUGAUCUCUG